AUGUUUGCAGUUCGCUGUCUUUCAAAUCGAUUUCUAUCACGAACUAAGAUACUUCGAUGUUCUUGCCGGUAUUUAACCGUUGGUGCUGCAAAUGCUCAAAUGAAAAAUGAAAAAUAUCAAUCAACAAUCAGCGUCAUCAAAGACGAUCUCCAAUUAAUUCAUCGUGAUAUUUUACAACAUUUGGGAUGUUUCGAACAAGAAUUGAACGACCUAGCGAAGUAUCAUUUCGAUGCGAAAGGCAAACUCAUUCGGCCGAUGAUCAUAUGCACAAUAGCAAGAAGUUGUAAUCAACAGCAAGACAAUUUCUUGCAUGAAAAUCAACGUUGUGUAGCAACUCUUGGUGAGAUGAUCCAUACUGCUAGUUUAAUUCACGAUGAUGUGGUCGAUUCAAGUGAUCGACGACGAGGAAAACCAGCUGCAGCUGUCAAAUGGGGGCCGAAGAAAGCUGUACUAGCAGGUGAUUACAUUCUCGGUAUUUCAUCGGUACUGCUUGCACAAAUUGGGAACAGUGAAGUUAUAUUACUUCUCUCUCGUGUUAUUCAAGAUCUUGUGCGAGGAGAAUUCAUGCAGCUAUCGACCAAGGAGAGUGAUGCUGAACAAUUUCAAGAUUACUUAAACAAGACAUUUUGUAAAACUGCUAGUCUAUUUGCCAACACGUGUAAAGCGGUAGCACUGUUAGGAAAUAUUUCCAAUGUUGAUGCUAAUCAAUGUGCAGAUCUGGCUUAUGAAUUUGGUAAAAAUUUUGGCAUGGCGUUUCAAUUAAUUGACGAUCUUUUGGAUGUAACGUCCACCGAUGCUGAUUUGGGAAAACCGGCGACAGCAGAUUUGAAAUUGGGUUUGUCUACCGCGCCUGUACUUUUUGCUAGUCAACAGUUCCCAGAAUUGCAAAAUCUUAUACUAAGACGUUUUUCUGAGUCUGGUGAUAUCGAACGAGCGUUAGAGCUAAUCGAUCAGAGCGAUGGAAAAGCUCGAACAUUUCACCUUGCAGAGCAGUAUGCAAAUGAAGCAUGCCGAAUACUUAGUAGUUUUCCACAAUCGUCCAAUGAAUCGAAUGUAUUCUUAAACUUACUGACCCAUCUCACACAGUCGACUUUGAAACGUCGACAUUAG